AUGGAUAUAUCCUCCGGUAGUAGCACUAGUUGCUUUGAUUCCCCUCUAGAAUAUCUGGACUGGAUGCGAGAAACCCUCAUAGAUAACGCCAAGAGUUCCAUUGGCUCUGGUUUGCAGAGCCAUAUCUUGAUUCGUUUGCAUACAGAAUUCCGGGAUCUGGGAAUCGAGUUGAGACUAUUACAAAGCUUUGAUCUGUAUCUGACAAAGUGUAGGAGGAGGAGGAACCAUGAAACCUGUUUGGAACAAGCUGAGGAGAAGGAUGUUACGUCUUCCAGAAUUCAAGAUCUGAUUAUAAGAAGAAUGCAAGAUCUUGAAUUUGCUUGCAGCGAACACUGGAUUCAUUCUCGUUCACUUCCUUGGACUCAAAUUAUAAGUGAGCUCUCCAGAUUCCAGGAAGCAAUCAAGUUGUUUUACGAGACACAUAACAAGGAAUCGUGCAUCAACUUUCUGUUAGAGUAUUACUGGCUGAGAGAUCCAGAACUAGUUAUUGAUUUCAUUGAUUCGGUUUCAAAGCCUCUAGCGGAAAUGAAGGGAUUCCGUUUAGGACGCCCUGGAAAGAAGCUAAUGUUGUUGAAGAGUUUCAUUCGCUUUGCCAUGCUUCGCGGUGUCAAGGGUCAGCAACUGAAAGAUCUGUUGAUUCACGCUGAAGUGAUGGCUGUCAAUGCAUUACACCUGGCUUCUACAUGGUUCUUUCACACGCAUCAUGAAGUAUGGAAUGAAACAGAGCUUCAAAUGUCUCGACUAAUACGUGAGAAGAUUAAUCCCGGUGAUCCCAAGGUCCGAGAAACUUACAUCCAUGUCUUGACUGCUGCAAAGUUGUCAAGAUCAUCAGACAAUUCAGCUCUGGAGAAGAAUAAGCAUCUAGUAGCUGACUUUAUGGAUUAUCUCGUUCCCAAUAUUAUUGAGCUGCUAGAAUCUUGUACCAGUACUCUGGCUCCGAUUAUGAAUCAAAUGCUAAAACUCCUUGAGGGGCUAAGAUUCCUGACAAUCCUCCUCAGGCAUCAGAAAAAGUUCAAAGAGCUACGCCAUGAAAUGAAGAAUCUUAUUGGAGUUGUGGUUUGUGAUGCAGCAAUCAUAAUUUUCUCCCUUUAUGUGAAUCAAAUCGAAGAAGACUUGGUCAAGGAAACCAAUGUUUCUCUUUUGCAUUUGCUCAAAGUGCUCAAGUUUAUUAGGGCAGAAGUAAUUGAUCCAGUAGCAUCAGUAUCAGGAUUUGGUUUUCCUAGGACCAAUGAGUUGGGCUCUAUUGAUUUUUUCCUAACAAAUCUAAAGGAAUUGGCAAGGUGUGAUGAGAUUAAUGGGAGCAGUUAUGGAGAAAAUCAGAACAAAAAACUUCAAGUUUUCUGGAGUCAUGUUAUGGAGAUUGCAUAUAAAGCAGAGUUCGUGAUUGACUCGACACUUGUUGGUGAUAGACGUGAAUAUUGUUUGGAUGAUGUUGCCAGAGACAUCAAUGUUCUGAAGAUUGAGGCUCAAGAGAUCUAUGAUAGCAUAAGCUAUGUUGGUGAAACCACCAAGGGAGUUACCAAGACUUUUACUCGCAUGCCAUCACAAGUUACUGUCGUCACGUGCAAUAAAGAUCUGGUGCCUCUCGACGACGAGGUGGAAAAUAUCACUAAAAGUCUUACAAGAGGAGGAUCAAGGCGGUUGGAUGUUGUUUGCAUCGUGGGUAUGCCUGGGCUUGGUAAGACCACAUUAGCCAAUAUAGUUUACAAUUCUCCAUUAGUAAUGCCGCAUUUCAAUAUUCGUGCUUGGUGCACUGUUUCUCAAGCAUAUAGCAUGCACAACAUGUUAGUUCAGAUAUUGGGUAGUAUUGAAUCUGGGAAACUUGAGCAAUAUCAAAAGAUGGAUGAAGCUGAUUUGGCUGUAAAGCUAAAACAAGUUUUGUUGAGAAAUAAGUAUCUCCUGGUUUUGGAUGAUUUGUGGGAUGCUAAGGCUUGGAAUUUGUUGGAGAGAUCAUUGCCCGAUGAUGCCAAUAGAAGCAGGAUUCUCAUCACGAGCAGAUUGCAGAAUUUGUCUCUGCAAUUCAAACCUGAUAGCAAGGUUCACCAUCUCCGCCGCCUAACCAAUGAAGAGAGUUGGAAUUUGCUGCAGAAAAAGCUAUUUGGCAAAGAAGGUUGUCCUCCAAGACUAAGUCAAGUUGCAUCUCAAAUAGCAAAAUCUUGUAGGGGCUUGCCUCUCACAGUUGUCCUUGUUGCUGGAAUUCUUGAUAACACUGCAGAAGAAUCCUGGGAAGAAGUUGCAAAGAGUCUACCUUCCAGUAUUGUCCUUGAUGAUGAAUAUUGCAUGAAAACACUUGAGUUGAGUUACAGUCAUUUGCCGGAUGAUUUGAAGCCCUGCCUUCUUUAUUUUGGUGCAUUUCACGAAGACAAAAAUGUUCCUAUCCGAAAGUUGUUAUGGCUUUGGAUCUCUGAAGGAUUUGUGCUAAAGACUGAAGGAAAGAGAUUAGAGGAUGCAGCAGAUGACUACUUGAAGGAUCUGGUUGAUAGAAGUUUAGUUGCGGUUUCCAAACAAAGAACUAUGGGUGGUGCCAAAGCUUGCCAACUUCAUGAUUUGGUACAUGAGUUUUGUGUGAAAAAAGCCAAAGAAGAAAACUUUCUACAUAUUUUGCAUAGUCAGAACGGUCCUUCUGUUCUUGCUGGCCCAAGCAACCCCCUUCGAGUUUGUGAUCGAAGUGCCAGGAAUUUGAUGAUUCGGGAGUCAAUGCUAGAAUUUCCCAAUGUACGCAGUUUGUUAUUGUUUGAAGAGGAUGAUUUGGGGUUUUGGUUACCUAAACUUCUUAGAGUGCUGGAUUUGGGGGAAUUGGUGUUUGAUGCAUAUUUUCCGGUGGAAGUACUUUUGCUUGCUCACUUGAGAUACUUGGCUCUUCGCACUAGAGAAGUAAAUUUCAUCCCAGCUGCAAUUGCUAACCUCUCAAGGUUACAAACUUUUCUGCUACGAGGAAACAUCUCUGAUUGUUUCUUACCCAAGACUAUCUGGAACAUUAAGACAUUGAGGCAUCUAUGGAUUACAAAUUCCACUUCUGGAUUUAUUUUUCCUGUUGAAAAUCUUGAAGUAUCCCCAGAUUUAGAUCAUUUAGACACUUUAAGCCUUGCCAUCGAUCCCUCCUCUCAAAGCUUGCAAAAGAUAUUGACAAAGUUACCAGGCAUUCGCAGGCUAAGAUGUAUGACAACAUCAGCUACCAGAAUUGGCGAUGGGAUUCUUCCAUUUGACUGCUUGAGUCAACUAGAAUCACUUAGACUGCAUUUCUUUUUUCGAUAUGGAUUUAAAUUCCCAUUGAAUUUGAAGAAGUUGACUCUCUUAUACAAUAAGCAACCAUGGAGUGAAAUUUCAACAAUUGGAAAGUUGCCCAAUCUUGAAGUGCUUAAAUUACUCCAAGAAUCCGUUGCUGGGGAAGAAUGGGAAAUGAAAGAAGGGGAGUUCCCCAACCUCCGAGUCUUGAAAUUCAGAACCUUGUGGAAAUUUCGCAGCUGGACUGCAUCUUCUGAUAAUUUUCCCCGUCUUGAGAAAUUGGUUGUGCACAAUUGUCCGAUGUUGGAAGAGGUGCCUUCUUGUUUAGGGGAAUGUCAGGCUCUUGAAAUGAUUGAGGUGAGAGGGUGCCGCGAGUCUGUUGCAAGUUCAGUGAAGCAAAUUCAACAAGAACAGAGAGAGAUGGGAAAUGAAGUUCUAGAGAUCUUGAUUGAAAGUGUGUUGAUGCACGGAGUUCCAGCAAAGAAGAAGAAGAAGAGUCUAGUCCCUCAUAAACAGAGUCAAUCCCCUCACAACAAGUAG